UAUUUCUUCCUACCAGCAGCUCAUUUCAGAACAAACUUUGGGAUGCGAAUGAUUUUUUUGCCUGCACUAUAAGUUUUACCUCUCAGCAUUUGCUUUAAGCUGAACAGGUGGCCAAGACUGGAAUUUUCACAGCAUCAAGAAAGAGUUCUUUGGGAUGUCAGACUACAUUUGGUUUGAAGGAAUACCUUUCCCUGCUUUAGGAUAUGAAAAGAAAAUACUUGAAGAAAGUCGUGAUAAGUUUGUGAUCAGAGAUGAAGACACAGUCAUACUGACUUACCCAAAGUCAGGAACUAACUGGCUGAUUGAGACUGUCUGCUUGAUUCAGACCAAGGGGAAUCCCAAAUGGAUCCAAUCUGUGCCCAUCUGGGAACGCUCACCCUGGAUAGAGACUCAAAACGGAUAUCCACUAUUAAUCAAUAAGGAAGGACCACGACUCAUGAGCUCCCACCUCCCUAUUCAUCUUUUCCCCAAGUCUUUCUUCAGUUCCAAAGCCAAGGCAAUCUAUGUCAUCAGAAAUCCCAGAGAUGUUCUUGUGUCUGGUUAUUUUUUCUGGUAUAAGUCAAACCUUAUUAAGAAGCCAGAGUCACUAACAACUUACUUUGAAUGGUUCCUCAAAGGAAAUGUAUAUGGAUCAUGGUUUGAGCACACCCGUGACUGGUUGUCUAUGAGAGAAAGGGACAACUUCCUGGUACUGAGCUAUGAAGACAUGAAAAAGAAUACAAGGGGAACCGUAGAGAAGAUUUGUGACUUCCUAGGAAUGAAACUAGAGCCAGAUGAGCUAGAUCUGGUCCUCAAGUAUAGCUCCUUCCAAGCCAUGAAAGAAAACAAAAUGUCUAAUUUUAGUCUUGUCCCAGAAGAUGUUAUUACUAAUGGUUUGGCCCUCAUGAGAAAAGGCAUGACUGGGGACUGGAAGAAUCACAUUACAGUAACCCAAGCUGAAGCCUUUGAUAAAAUAUUCCAGGAGAAAAUGACUGGUUUCCCUCCUGAGCUAUUUCCAUGGAAAUAAAUCCUUAAAAUUUAAUAAUCUUA